AUGGCAAUUCUGAGGGGAGAAUGUGGGGCAGUGCAGGAGCAGGAGCAGGAGGAGGAGGAGGAGGAGGAGGAGGGGGAGGUCGAAGGCAUGCUACAGCUGCUCUGCACAUCUCAGGUCAAAUACGAGCAAAAGCACUUGCCUGGCCUGCCAGUCAUCUUCUCGCCUGCCAAGGACGAUCCACUCUCUGUCUCAUAUGCUGCAAUGCAAAAAGCUCAACCGUAA